AUGUUCCACAACAAUGUUGAUACCGCCCCUCUUAAUAAGCGAGGAUGGGCGUUUCAGGAGAGACUACUUGCACCUCGGACCAUACAUUUCACACAUGGGGAGGUCUACUGGCAAUGUUCAUCUCUGGUCGCAACUCAGUGUUUCCCGAGAGGAUUCAACGAGGAUAUCGAAAAUGAAAACAUUCGUGCCUGGAAGAAGACACUGACAGAAGCGGCGGACCCUUACAUAAAGGACCAGACAUGGGAAGAUAUAAUCUCCCUCUACUCCAGUUGUAGUUUGACGUAUGCGUAUGACAAAUUAAUUGCUCUUUCGGGACUCGCAAAGCAGUGGGGCAAUAUAAGGGGAUUUCAAUCCUCCAGCUAUCUUGCUGGUCAUUGGAGGGCCCACCUACCUAAUACCCUUUGCUGGACAGCAUGGCCCGGCGGCCCGUCGUUGCGUCCAACACUGUAUCGAGCACCGACUUGGUCCUGGGCUUCUAUUGAUGGAAGUAUCGCUCCAAAUGUCUUCUGCCAUCCUUCACCAAAGGUUGUGACUCACGCCCAUGUAAUUGCAGCACAGACUACUCCCGCUCAUGAUAGUCUCGACGAACUUGGUCUUCUCAAAGGUGGGAAAAUUCAGCUCAGAGGAUGUAUGUGCCUAUUAGAGACUGUGAUAGACUGCCAGCGAUUACAGAAUGCUUUUAAUACACAAAACUGGAUAUUCCUGUUUCAAAAUGAGAAAGACGAUGAGAACGAUGAGAACGACGAGAACGACGAGAACGACGAGAACGACGAGAACGACGAGAACGACGAUGACAACGAUGACACCGAUGACGACGGUGGGCCUUUCAUGGAACUUUACUGGGAUGAAAGGUGUAAAGACUUGGCUUGUCAGGUCGCUGAACAAGAAUUAUGCGUAUUUCGUGUGUUGGUGACUAAACGUUCUAGCCUCUGGCUUGUUCUCCGUACCACCAGAGACCUUGAAGGACAAUAUUGCCGUGUUGGUUUGCUUGAAAUGUCUGGGACUCGGCUUUGCGACCAAGUAACGCUUGCCAGUAAAUCGAGGUCUCUUGAGGAAAGGUAUUACCUGGAGAUUGAUGAAGGAGGAGAAUACACCAUUGAGAUUGUCUAA